AUGACUUCCAACUGGCAGACCCAAGCCCAAAAAGGCAAAGACAACUUAAAUAACUCUAUUCCGGGACAAUGGCUUCUCCCCAUCGACAGGCUGCCGCCACUCUCGCAGAAGAAUGUGGUCGACUUCCCCCGGCAAAGCGGCUUGUUCAGUGAGCGCGAGAUUGACAUCACCGAUAUGUCAGCCACAGCGCUGGUGAAGGAAAUGGGUAACGGAAGACUGAGCGCAGAAGAAGUUGUAGUUGCAUUCUUGAAGAGGGCCGUGCUGGGCCAUCAACUGCUGAAUUUUGCAACGGAGUUCAUGGCCGACGAGGCAAUUGCUCGGGCUAAAGAGCAUGAUGAGUACUACAGACGCACAGGAAAACUGGUCGGGCCUCUGGUAAGCACAAAGACUAGUCUUUUCAAACACUACAACGGCGAGUUCCUAAUGAAACGAGGACAGCAUGGCAUACCAAUCAGCGUGAAAGAGCACAUAGCCAUGAGUAACCGCACGUGCAACACGGGAUACGUAGCCUGGGUGGACAAAGUUACCACGGAAGAUGCCCUUCUCCUCCAACUCCUAUCAAAAGCCGGCGCCAUUUUCCAUGUUCGUACUAACCAACCUCAGUCAUUAAUGCACCUGUGCUGCAGCAAUAACAUCACUGGCACAACCGUGAACCCACUCAACCGGACUCUUAGUCCAGGCGGAUCCUCCGGAGGUGAAGGUGCCUCGAUGGGUUUUCGGUGCGCGCCACUAGGAAUUGGCAGUGAUAUUGGCGGAUCGAUUCGCUGUCCCGCAGCAUUUUGUGGGGUGUACGGCUUCCGCCCGUCGACACUGCGGAACCCUGUAACAGGGAUCAAAGUCGCUGCCUCGGGCCAGGAGGGAAUCCGCGGUGUGGUGGGCCCAUUGGCUAGUCGCUCAAUUGAAGAUCUAGAGCUGUUCCAGAGAGCCGCAUUGGAGCAGGAGCCUUGGAAUAUUGAGACGUCACUUAUGCCCGUGCCGUGGAGGACGGUUGCGCCGACGCGGAAUAUGACUGUGGCUAUCAUGUGGGAUGAUGGCUGCGUCCACCCCCAUCCACCUAUCACUCGCGCUUUGAGAUAUGCCAAAGAGAAGCUGCUAGCGGCAGGCGUGAGGGUCGUAGAUUGGGAGCCGUAUAAGCAUCAGCACGGCUGGGAAAUUAUUUCCGCUCUGUACUAUCCUGACGCUGCCAGCAAGCAACGCGAGCUUCUUGACACCUCUGGGGAGCCAGUACGCCCACUAACCGAUUGGGCCUUCACCUACAGCCGAAGUACGCCCCUUUCUCAUCCCGAGGCAUGGGCACUACACGAUCAGCGCGAUAUGUACAGGGAUGAGUACCAUGCUCUCCUCAAUCAUCGCGGUGUUGACUUUAUUCUCUCCCCGACAUAUCCUGCUGCGGCGGCAGUGAUGGGUGAAUCGCAAUAUUGGAAUUAUACUGCGAUUUGGAACUUGGUAGACCUGCCUUCUGUAGUGUUUCCGUCGGGAAUCACUGUGGAUCCGAAGCUGGAUGCGUUCACGGAGCGUGAUAGAAAAUACGUCCCCAGAGAUGAGGUUGAUGAGAGAGAGUGGCGUAAGUACCAAGAUCCUGAGAGAUAUGAGGGCGCAUCGGUGGGACUACAAAUUUCUGGGAGGCGGUUCAAGGACGAAGAGACGCUGGCGGCAGCCAGGGUUGUCGAGGAUAUUGUUAGAGAGAGUUAA